GUUCCGGUAAAAGCCCUUACUCAAUAACGAAAAGAUUGGCUGGAAAAUUACGUGCUAAACUGAAGAAUCAGACCUCAAAGAAAGUGUGAAACAUCCAAACACUAGGUAUGCUAGCUCCAGCUUCCUACAAAACUUUUUGGUGUCAUGAUCAUGAAUUGUGCAAAGAGUCUUCCAAGUUACCAUAUAAGGCUUCUUAGAGGACUUAAACUCAAGUGAGAUUUUCCUUAAAAAUGGCAUAUGGUCUCAAUCUCAUCAUUAACAAUUUUCAUCUGUUUAGUUAGUACUUAUUUCUUUUACUUCAUAUGGUGGAUUAGCCCCAAUCUAAACUUCUAAACCCCAUCCCCAAAUCCAAAUCCAAAUCCAAAUCCAAAUGUGUUUUAGGAGUACAAUGCAUCAAUUGAGUCUUACUAGGCUCCCUUCAUGGUGGAGUCUGAUUCAUACCUUGAAACAUAUCAUACUUUCGUGAGAUGACUGGUGAACCUUGCUGCUAUAACCAACAUGGGAGGAGCUAGGAAGGAGCUGAUGUGUUAGUGUUUGAGAGCUAUAUCUAAUGGAUGUACAAGUGUAACAAGCCUCAGAUCAAUGCUAUCAGGAUCUAGGAAGGAGUUGAUUCCAUCUCCCUGCAUGCCACUUCUUCCUUGUUUUAUGAAAGUGAGCAAUGAUUAUGGUUUUCUGGUUUACACUGUUCAAAUUAUCUUAGGAAUUGAAGAGGAAAGGGAGGGAGAUUGGCCAUGGCAUUUGAACCUAACCAACAACAGGAGGUAUAUCAGGGAGAUUGAACUUGUGAAACAUGUAGACUUUUACAAGUUUCACUCAUCUAUUUCUUUUGGGAUAUACAACACAGGAAGUGAAGUAGGAAAGAAGAGGAUUUAGUAAGAGAUUGGCCACCAUUUGCCCCAGUUGUUCAUAAUGAUAUUGCAAAUGAUAUGCUGAUUUAUUGACAAGAGUUGAUGUUUAUUGCCCUUCCAUCAUUCUUAGGAUUGGUUCUGUGCUUUUUCUGGAAUGACAUAACUGCUACUGCAGCAUGCAUCAAAGGGGAAAGAUGGAAGCAUCAUGCUGGGGAAUUGGAUCUCGUCUUCCCAUCAUGAUGAUAGUUCGCAACAUCUUGCAAGAACUAAAGAUCAACCAUUACUGUUUUGAACAUAUACACAAUUGUCAAAAUAUCAAAAACAUGUUCAUAUAUCUAUUUAUGCCUUAUGGUGAACAGAAGGGAAAAACUCUUGACAAGAAACAGAGAUUUGACCCUAAAGAUUUUGCUGAUUGUGUUUUCAUUGGUUUUUACUGGGACUACCUAAUACAUGGAAUGAGAUUAU